CUUCCUUUUUUACUUUUUCUUUUAUCUUUUAUCUUUUAUCUUUGGAUCUUUUGUCACUGCAGGUAUCAAAGUAUUUCCUACUGCUGUUAAACUACGUACUGCUGCUACGCUGCUGCUGCUGAAGUAAUCCUCUGACAUCCCCGCCAACAUCCUUCAAUCUCUUCUUCCUUGAGUGUCUUUUCUACCGUUGUGUUAUCUCUUUUAUCUUGAUAUCCUCUAUUCGCACUGACUGUGUUCUCUUAUUCCCUUCUGUUCUGUCGCUGCAUUCUCGUGUGGCAAAUUCCCUAGCCCUCUCUCUUCUCCCUCUUUCUCUCUCUUUUUCCCCCACAGAAGAAUCUGCGGGUUUUCUCGUAUUCCGCCGUCAAAUAAAAAAACAUCCGCCCCUGAGUCUAACACAAAAAAAGAAAAGACACUAUGAGCACUAUACAAAGUCUCAAAAACUUCAUACGUCAUGGCAAGCAGGCCCGUCUAGUGACGCCGCAUGCCGAACCCACCACCAAUGUCUCGCCCAUCCACGCCCAACAUCAGCGCCAGCCCCAGGGCGCCUCCGCCGCCGGCAACCUCGACGCUAUCGACAGCAAACUUAGCAAUAAACAAGAUGCUGGUCACCAGAAAUCUCCCGACGGGCAGUCGCAGCACAAGCGCGCACGGGAGGCCGAGAUCGAGAAGAUUGUCGCUGAGGAAAGACACAUCAGUUCGCAGAUGCCCAAGUACCCGGGGCUAGAGCGCUGGGUUCUGCUGGAGAAGAUGGGUGAUGGCGCGUUUAGCAAUGUCUAUCGCGCCAAGGAUGCGACUGGUUCUCAUGAUCAGGUGGCCAUCAAGGUCGUUCGGAAAUACGAAAUGAACAGCACUCAGCGCGCAAAUAUUCUCAAAGAAGUCCAGAUCAUGCGCCAAAUCGACCAUCCGAAUGUUGUCAAACUCAUUGAUUUCUCCGAGGCUCGUCAAUAUUACUAUAUCGUCCUCGAGUUAUGCCCUGGGGGCGAGCUAUUCCACCAGAUCGUCCGCCUAACAUACUUUAGCGAGGAACUUAGUCGCCACGUGAUCCUCCAAGUCGCAAAGGCUAUUGAGUAUCUGCACGAGACCUCGGGUGUUGUUCAUCGUGAUAUUAAACCAGAAAACCUCCUCUUCUACCCCAUACCCUUUACCCCUAGCAAGCACCCUAAGCCUGUCCAGCCAGGAGACGAAGACAAGGUGGAUGAGGGUGAAUUCAUUCAGGGAGUUGGAUCAGGUGGUAUUGGAACAAUCAAGAUUGCCGACUUUGGUCUCUCCAAGGUGAUCUGGGACAACCAGACCAUGACACCAUGUGGUACUGUUGGGUAUACUGCUCCAGAAAUCGUCAAGGAUGAACGGUAUUCCAAGAGUGUUGACAUGUGGGCCCUGGGCUGUGUUCUAUACACUCUUCUCUGUGGUUUCCCUCCUUUCUACGACGAGAGCAUUCAGGUUCUCACUGAAAAGGUGGCCCGCGGGCAGUACACAUUCCUGUCUCCCUGGUGGGACGAGAUUUCCAAGUCAGCUCAGGACCUCAUUUCUCACCUCCUAACUGUCGACCCGGAAAAGCGCUACACUAUCAGAGAAUUCCUGGACCACCCUUGGAUUCGCGAGUCGAACGAGGAGACACAGGCAGCCGCAGAUGCUCCGCCCCUUGCAACUCCCAGACCACAGCAAACGUCCACGGAUCCUAUGGCAGCAGAAACACCUUCUAUUGUCGACCGUCCAUUGGACUUCCGCUCGCCUGGUGCCAUUAACCUGCGUGAGGUGUUUGAUGUCGGGUACGCCGUACGUCGGGAAGAGGAAGAGAAGAAACGUCGCAGGAAUUCCAAGCAGGCAUACAAAGACCCUACUGCUCGCUUCCAAUCUGCUCUGAAUCCGCUCAACGAAGCCUCCGAUGACGAGGAAGAGGAACGAAUCACAUAUCAACCUUUGGAAAACCCGCCACCGAAGGUCCACAAAUCCUCUCAGCUGGCAAAGGACAUGGCCUCCAUGGAAGUCAAGUUACGAUCGACAAACCUAGACGCCCACGCCAACCCACCAGUGGCACAAAAGUACCCCCGCAACAAGGCCGAUAUCGAGAAGAAGCCCAUUGCUCGGGGUCCUCGGGAGCCAUUCGAACUCAGUCUCAACAAGGCUACAUUAUUAGAGAAGAGAGGUCAGCGCCAACAAGCUGCUUAAUCUGUUUCUUCUAUCCGCUCUAUUCCCCCCUCGUCCCAUCUACCGCCUGUUACCCUUCUUUUGCCUCCAUUGACGAGUUUGAUGAGAUAAAAGAAAGUACACGAAUUUCUUUUCUUUUCCGCGUUCCUUUCACGUUCGGUUUCAAUCUGGGAUCGGGUCUUGUCUCUGGUUUGCAUUAGCUUUUUUUUUUUUUUUUU